AGAUUGGGUGCCAAGACAGGUAGAUUAGCUGCUAUUUGACAGCAACAGCUCGCUUGAACUUCUGUGUGUCGACGUACUUUAGUGUGUAAUCAAGAGGCAAGACUUUAACUUCCAGUGUUUGGCUGCAGGACUGAAACACUGUGGAUCCAGCUGAGAUGACCCCGCAAAGGACAACAUUACAAUGGUGAGUAAAUCUGGAGAAUUUUAAUGAACUUAAAGGCUAUCUAUUGUGCUGAUCCAUGCUUUAAUAUAUACACAUAACGAUAAAAUGUUGGAUAUAGCAGCUAAAUUUAGUAACAUGAGAUAUAUGAACGGCAGUGAAAUCUCCUGAUGUGUUUUUUAGGUUUCCUAAAUGUCUCGUUUUGAAUCAUUGCGAAAAUCCCCCUUAAGUUUGAGCCUACCUGGCAAAGAAAUGCUCAUCUGGAUGCUGGAAAGUCAAUUGUAUGUUUGUUUUUUUGGAGUCAACAUUGUAGCUGUUUGUACUCACCACUUUGCAUACCACUCCUGCCUAAACACAGGCCAGAAUGAGCGGGAUUUGCAUCCUAACUGUUUCACCUUUAUAUCAGGUUCUUAGUUUUGAAGACUGGCGCUGGUACUACACGGUGACAGAGUGAUUAAAGAGUCUCUCUGGAAGUGUACUGACCCGGCUUAAUAGCCCUUCAACACUCUUGGUCACGGUGUUUAAGUGUGAGAUGUCAAACGGGUAAAGCUGUUAGUCUUGUUUACAUUUACACACAAUUAGCACGAGGCAAAUGUGAAAUGUCAUUUCAAUUAACGGGUCUGGAUGUAUUCAGGCUUUAGUGAAAUGAGCCAGUCAAGGACAAGUCCAGCACCGUCAAUUUUACACGAGUUUGUCUGAAAUCUACGGAGGCUCAGGAGGUGAAAUGCACACACAAUCUAUGACCACAAAUUUUUUUUUUAAUGGUUCGAAACACACACAAAAAAAUAUUUAUGGGUCAGAAACACAUUUCACAAAAUACCUAAAUUUUAGUGACAUAACUAUGUCAGAAUUUUUUUUAACAGUUGUUGCAAUUUAUCUCAAAGCAAAAUGUAUUGAUUAAACUAAAAACCUUUUAAAAAAAAACUAAAAUAAUAGAACUUCUAUGUUGUUUGCUUUUUUUUUUUGCUCCCAAAAUAUUUUGUUGCAUUUUGUUAUCUGAUUUUUUAACUUAAUGUGCAUCAGUUUUGUAUUUGUUAAAAUAUUCUGUGUUUUCAUUAAUUUUUUUUUAAUUUUUCCAAAUUUUUUGUGUUCCAUUUCAUGAUUUUUAUUUUUUUUUUGCAAUACCUGAACAGUUUUUGUGUUAAUUAUUUAUACAUAUUUGUAAAACAUGGUAUGAAGGUCAUAAAUUGUUAAGUAAUGUCGUGUUUGUGCCUAUUGGUACUUAAAACAAACAACUAAAACAACUGAAAAAAACAUGUUUUGAAAAUCUAAAAAAAAAAAUUUUUAAGUCUCUUUUUCAGUGGGGCUGUCUGUGCUGCUUUUAAGAGACCCUUGACAGUGAUGGAACAAACCUCAGUACUUCUAUCUGAUGCGUGGUUCAAAAAAAGCCACGGUACAUUAAAAAUGAAAGAUUCCUGCUAUAAAACUUGUUUUCUUGUUAGUCUCAGACCUCCAACUGUUAAGCAUUCCUUUCUCUUCCCUUGAAUUUACAUCUUUUAGCUUCUUGUGCAGCUGUUCCUGCAGACUGAUGUUUUCCCAGAGCUUAAAAAUACGCCCAUCCUUCCUUUAAAUAUGAACACACAUCUGCUCCUCACCCUCAGGAGGUCUGGCCUGGUGCUGUGCUGGUUUCUGCUCUGGAUCUCUCUGCAGCCUCACUCUCUCCACUCGGUGUCAGCUGUCAACCUGCGGCGCUUCAUCGGCUGCGCAGUCCGGGAGUUCACUUUCCUGGCCAAGAAGCCUGGCUGCGGGGGGCUGCACAUCACUACCGACGCCUGCUGGGGGCGCUGUGAGACCUGGGAGGUGAGCAUGUUGAAGGCGGCUACUGUACUUUACACACAGAGAUGAGAGAGAGAGAGGAGAGGUGUGUAAAUGUGAUUAGAUUAUACUGAGAGGAGAUGUAAGCAAAGCUGACAACUUUACACAAAAGGAGGGAGUCGGCUGUUUGCAUUAGCUCACAAUCCAAGAGGAGAAGAAGAUCAGAUGCAAAUUCAGCCUCACAGACAGACACGGGAAAUAAAUACUAACCAAAGAGAGAGAGAUGGAGGGAUGGGUGAUCUCUGCGAGGAAGUUUGUGAUGUUUCCCUCUGCGGGGGGGAAGUCAGAGCACAGCCAGUGAGUGAUAGCAGAGAUUUAUCUGGGACUGAAAGAGAGGACGCUGCAGAUGAACAAAUUACAGGGCGCAGAAAGAGGGAAAAAUGUAAAUCAGAUGUCGCAGAAAAGUGCAAUGCAUGUUUAUUAUAAGCAGAAAAAACCUCCAGUUAUGUCACAUGGUAAUGAGAGGCUGUCUGGAGUGUUCAUCUCGGAGGCUUUUAGAGCCGUUUGCAGCAAAAUCGAGUUAAUGUUCUGCAAGAAUGGAAAGCAGCAUGGAAUCCAGAGACUGGAGCGACAGCAGCAGUUUCCUUUAACAAUGCCUCAAGUGCAUAAAAGGACACAAUUAGAUUUCAUAAGUCGCCGAAUACUGAUUAGAAAAACGCUGUGAAAUCUCAAGUUUCAUCUGGUUCAUUGUACUCAGUGACAAGGAGCAUUAGAAAGCUCAUGAUUCUCUCCGCCCUGUAAUUGCACUGUAGCUGGUGUGUGUGUGUGUGUAACUGUACGUGAGUGUGUGUGUUUGAGGCCCAGAGCUUUGUUCGGUGAUACUCAUCUGCUGCCCUCGAGGGGAGGCUCGUCUUUUUGUCUGCUCCGUCUCACAGGUGGGUCGACGGGGGAGUGGAUGUUGGGAUCAAACAUCCGUCUCCGUCUACCAACCAGCUCUAGAUCUCAUCCUCCACUCUCCUCUCAUCAUAUUUCUUGUCUUGUCUGACUGAAAAGAGACAAAAACAUUAACAUAUCUUUAAAAAUAAAGAACACAUAAAUAAGAUAUUAAACCUUACUGGCCCAAAACAACCGCUUCAUUUUUAUUUACUGCGACAGUGGAAGAUAAUUAAACCCCUGAAGCUCCAACAACACAAGCAAAUAGCAGAGGCUUUGCAGAUGUGUCACUAAUCUACAUUUAAACACAGCCUGCUGGAAAAACAGAGGACCAGUGGUAAAAAGGCUGCCAAAAAUCACAAACAGAGCAAAGAAAUUUUGUCUAAUUAGGCGGAUUUGUUCUCAUAUCAGGUACCUGUGACAAAAACAGGAAGCUGUUUAUUCUGCAGCUUCAAAAAAAAAAAAACUAAAUCAAAGAGUUUAGUGAAGUUUUUGAACACAGGUGCAGGAAGAAACAAUGCUUGUUUCUGUUGUUUAUACAUUUGAAGAAGUGGCGUGAGCAUGGAUGCAAUGAGCAUAAUGAGCUUGGUAAAUACCCAACAACAUAUAGAAGGAUACAGUGAAUUUACGUAGGCAAGGCUUACCUCCAAAGAAAAGGUAGAAAUCCGUUUAAAUGACAUUUUUGUGAUUAUUUCCAGAAACCUGUCCUGGACCCGCCCUACAUCGAGUCCUACCAGCGUGUUUGCACCUACAACGAGACCCGUCUGGCCUCUGUGAAACUGCCGAACUGUCAGCCAAACGUGGACCCAACAUACACCUACCCUGUGGCCCUGAGAUGUGACUGUGGCGUGUGUCAGACCAGCACGACUGAAUGUAUAACAUCUGUGUGACACGACCCCCGAAACAAGCAGAAGAUUUACUUUAUGAGCUUUUACUGUUAAUCACUGCUGGAAAAUUCUAUUAUCUUGAUUAUAGUGCAAACAGAAGCCUUUUCACACAGUUACUUCAUGUUUUCUACUGAUGGUCUUCCUUUAUCAACAUGUUGGCAGUUUGUUUGUUAUGAUCUAUAGUUGCAUGAAUAAACAGCAUGAGCUUCUUUCCAGCAGUC